AGACGCUAUAGCUGAGCGAGGGAAGGACGAAGUUGGCGGCAAGUUUCGAAGAGAUAGAGAGAAGAAGCAGUGGGUGGUCGCGGUAUCACUUUCUUCUCCGCCCCCGCCACGCCCUAGACCGCCGCGGGCGUUUCCGGCACGUCGCUGGAAGGCGGUGGCUUGUUGGCGGCGGAGCUUCGCGAGAUUAGGUUCGGAUCGCUCGGUCUCGCUAGGUCACCGCUGACGAGAAUUUGAACUUCUCGUCACUACUAAGCCGCUAUUUAGCUAAAGCUUGUGUUGGGAGAAAGCAAAGAGCAUCUAGUUUGUUAACAAUGGAAGAUGAUCUGUUGGACACAGAAGACAGGAACAACAAUGGCAGUUCCACCGCAAAGAAAUCGAAGCAGCGGCAAAAGAGGAAGGAGUACAUGGUGGACGAGGAUGGGCAGGUGGGGGCACGAGAGAAGCUGGCAAAAAGAAUCUUGUUGUCUCUGACGAGGCCUUCCUAUGUUUUGGGAUUGGGUCCCAAACCUCUUAGGGUGGAACACCGUGCAAGGUUGCGCUACCUGCUUCGGCGGCUCGUCAGCCAGCAUCAUUGGGUUGCAGCCAGUGGUGUUCUCAGUGUCUACUUGAAGGGAACACUUGAUGAUACCUCUCCCUACAGGAACCGUCUUAAGUUUUGGGUUUUACUGGAGCUUCUUAAGCAUGUGGAAAACCACUCUAUUAAUCCAACACGAAUCAAGAACCUCUAUGAUAUUUGGUCUAAGAAAAUUGGAUCAAUGAAGACUUGGCCAGUUGAGAGCAGAUAUGCAGUCCAUUUGGAGUUCAUGCUUUUCUGUCUUUUGCAAGGCAAUGCUGAGGAUGCAUACCAGCUUGCUCUAUGCCUUGGGCAAGAAAAAGGUGAUAUUGGUCCUAUGUCAAAGAUGAUGAUGGGUUUGACAUUCUAUGAGUUGUGGUAUUCUUCUAUCCCCAAAGAAUUCCAGUGGAGAAAUUCAGAUCAGUUUGACUUGCAAGAGAACUCAGAUAUGGAGGGAACUUCAUUCAACAAUGAAACUGUACAGUCAGAGAGGUAUAAUUCAGUUGAAUCCCACAUGGCUGACUCCCAGUCCCAGCAUGAUUCAGAUGCCUCUGUCAUGAAUGAUAAGAAGAUAUCUGGGGAUGUUGUCUUCAAUGAAGACAUGGAGGUUGAUGCUAAUAAAAGAGAAAAACCACAUCAGAACUUUCAGCCAGAAGGUUUUUACUUAAAUUCUGAAGAGCAUAAAGGAUUUGGAGAUCCUUUUUCUAACAAUGGAGGUCUUACACAGGAUAUCUUGUAUGGCCUUGGGGAACUUGAUUUGUGGUUGCUACCCCUGCAUUUAUCUGAUGACCACAGUUUUGAGGAGUUCAUGUAUUUGCAAGGAAAUCAGCCUAAUGACUAUUACAAAAAUGCAGUGAAAUAUUUACAACUUGCACUUGACUCAGAACCUUCUGCUUCAGCAGCAUUACUUCCAUUGAUACAGCUGUUGCUGAUUGGAGGUCAAGUUGACGAGGCUCUAAAUAUGCUUGAGAAGCAAUGUUGUAAUUCAGCCUCUGUACUCCCAAUAAGAGUAAGGGCUGCUCUCUUGGAGCAUUUUGAUCGAAACAACUCUCUCCUGCUUCUUAGCUGUUUUGAGGAUAUAUUGAAGAAGGAUCCAACAUGUAGUGACACCUUAGCAAAACUUAUCAAGAUGCACCAAAAUGGAGACUAUAGUCUUGUAUCUCUGCUGGAAAUGAUUGCUUUACAUUUAGAUGCUACAGAUGCAGAGUACAAUACGUGGAAGGUGUUCUCUUCAUGUUUCUUGAGACUGUCUUCCUACGAAGAAGACUGCAUGUCUUCAUGCCCCAUUCAAAAUGAAGAUGGACAUAAGCAACAUUUUCCCCUUAACAAAACCCCUAAAAUAUUUACGGAUGGUAUAUCAGGAAAAUCUUGGAGGCUUCGCUGUAGGUGGUGGCUAACUAAACAUUUCAGCAAUAGCAAGCUUGAAUCCGAGAUUAAUACUGGUGACUUGCAGUUACUCACAUACAAAGCGGCAUGUGCAUCGUAUAUGUAUGGACGGGAAUUCAGCUAUGUUGCGAAGGCUUACUCUCAUUUAGAAAAAGAAGAUGAUAAGGAGUUGCUAUUGUUCUUGGAUGAGCACAGGGGAAAUUCAUUUGGAAUUUAUCAAAAAUUUCAAAAGAAAUUUACACACAUAAUAUGAUAUUUAUCUAAAUCACUAAUCAUUAUUUGCUUAAAAUCUUCAUAUUAAUUUGGACGACUUUUAUGGUUUUAACUUUAUUCACUCUGUUAUUUGUAGGAA